GUCUAACUUGUCUAAUUUUGCAAAGAAAAGUGAGAAGAUUUUCAUUAAUUAUUGGAAGAGAAAUAAUUAACAUUUAAGUGGGUGAAAAUAAAUCCGUGUUGAUGUCCUUUGGAUUUAAUCCCAUGGGGAAUAACCCCAUGCAUGCGAUGAUGCCAAUGAUGGGGAAUAUGCCCAAUGGGGGUAACUUCAUGACUGCCCUCAGUACAGCUGGUAUGGCCUCAAUGUCUGCCACCCCACACACAGUAAUGGCAAAUUUGGCGGGAAUGAAUGAUUCUCCAUUGGAAUUUAAUUUGAAGAAAAAUCUCCCUCAAGUAACAUCCGGAGCAGCUCCGAUGGAUCUGGAAAAUGAUCAGGAAUCCCGAGGGAGUGGUCUAAAGGGAAGAGAGAGUGCUGGGGAGUUGAAGAAAGGUGAUACCAUGGCCAAUGGCCUAGAAGGACUGGCGCAGGAUAAGGGAAUGGGUGCAAUGACACUACAACAGCAGAAUGAGAUGAUGUUCAAUGGGAUGAUGGGAAUGCCACAGGGUUUCAUGAUGAUGACUCCUGGGAUGAUGAAUAUGCUCGAUCCAGCAAUGCUUGGACUACAGCAAUUUCCCCUUGUCAGCUCAAUGAUCCCACCGGAUGUGAAUAGUACAGAAGGUACGUCCACCGUGAAGGAGAUAAUCACCUGCAAAUCCUGCACACUCUUCCCGCCAAAUCCUAGUCAACCAAUACCCACAACACGCGAAAGACCACCCGGAUGUCGGACUGUCUUCGUCGGAGGACUCCCCGAGAAUACACCUGAAGACGUUAUUAGGGAGGUAUUUGAGCGAUGUGGGGAGAUAACAACACUGAGACUCUCGAAGAAGAACUUCUGUCACAUUCGUUUUGCAUUUGAGGCAUCCGUCGAAUCGGCCAUCUACCUUUCUGGCUACAGACUUCGCAUUGUGGGACAAACUGAGACCACCCACAGUGGACGACUUCAUGUAGACUAUGCUCAGGCACGUGAUGAUCUCUAUGAUUGGGAAUGUCGCAAUCGUCAACUACAGCGUGAACAACGACACCGUGAACGUUUGGAGCGUGAUCGCAUGCGAUCACUCUCACCGCCUCCCAUUGUUCACUACACAGAUCACGAGGCAACAGCCAUUGCGGAACGCCUAAAGCAGGAAGAGUCCUUCCUCAAGGCUGUCCACACUUUAGUUACAUGGCUAGAACGUGGUGACUGCAACAAGCGCAACGCCAACAUGUUCUACUCAAUGAUCCAGAGCACCAAUUCCCACGUGCGACGCCUAAGUGUGGAGAAGCAAACGUACGAGGAAGAACUGCAGAAGGCAAGGGACUUCUACAAGGCGCAAAUGCAGACCAUGAUGUCGCAAUUCACUCAGAUUAAGAAAGUGUUCGGUGCGGCAAGUCACAAGAAGGUUUGGGACCAUUUCACCAAAGCACAGAGAAAGAACAUCGAUUUGUGGAAGAAACAAACUCUGGAUAUAUCAACAUCACUUGAUGAUAUUCAUGAUGAAGAUGAAAUGGAAAUGUCCGAUGAUGACAAGGAAUCCUCCUAUCGUGCGACGAAGCGGGCAAAAAUCGACAAUGACGUACUCAAGGAGGAGAACGAUAGCCUGCGUUGUCAGCUGGAGGCGUACAAGAAUGAAUUCAAUACGGUUAAAUCGGACCUAAAAUCAGACACAGAUAUUAAGGAUCAGCAGAUAAAGGUACUCCAGGAGACAAUUCGGAACAUGCAGACGCAACUUUUGGAGAAUAAAUCACGCGAAAUGGACAAGGAGACGAAAAUUGCGGAUCUCGAGGCGAAGCUGAAGGCGGCAAAUGUCAAGGAAUUGCUGCUGAAGACGAAAAUUGCCGCCAAAAGUGCUGCAGCGAAGGCAUCAUCUGCUGAUUCCGAGGACGGGGAGAAUGCUGAAGAAGUGCCCGAAGCAAAGCCAAUAAAGGUGGAGGCGGGUAAUACAGAACGGGAGGGGAAAUUGGAUCCGGAAGAGGCAAAAAUCAUCGGUUUGGUUUCCACCUUCCUGAUGGUGCAUCCCUUUGGCGCCAGUACUGACUACAUCUACUCCUACGUGCAUCGUGUUGCACCGCAUUUGCGUCCCAAAGGUCUCGAGGAGAUUCUCAGCAAGUAUGAGAAUCUCUUUGUUGAGCAAGUGAAGGGGAUUGGGGCGAAAAUUGAGAGAAAUUGGCGCUUUUGUGGUUUCGAUGAGUAGAUUUUCUUCUGAACCUUUCCUCAUUGUGUCAAAGAACUAAAAUGUUUUCGUUUUUCUCAAAAUCUUCUACAAAAUACAAACUUUUUGCAACCUUUUUUUAUUUGUUUAAUAAACCUAAAUAAUGAAGUAUAUUAUGCAGAAAAAAAAAACAAAUUUUUCCUCAUAAACAAAACAGUUUAUUAUAAUAAAUUUAUAAGUCAAUUAAAUUAUAUUUGAAUAACUGAAAAGCAAAA